GACGCCGAGCAGAUCCAGAUGAAGGCUGGCGCGUCCCGCGGCGUCGGGAUGCGCGCUAUCGGGUCCCAGACCACCUCCGCGACCGCCGUGGUCGUCCAGACGGGCGUGUGCCGCGUCGAGAUCGGCCGCGCCCUUAUCGACGAAUUCGAGGCCGGCUCGGCCUACGGCCUCGGCGGCCUGUUCGCCGCAGCGGCCUCUUCGCCGGCCCGCUGCGCGCGCUCUGGCAGCGGCGUGCAGCACCGCUGCUCCGAGCUCACGCUGCGGGCGCCAGCCUCAUCGGAGGGCUGCAGGUGCAUCGCCAUCUCCUCCACUGCGCUGAAGAGGGCCCUCGUCGAGUUCCCUGAAGACCGCGAGCGGCUACGCGGGCUGCUCAACAUGGUGAGCCAGCAGAUCGACGGGCCGCGGCGUGUCCUGGCAGCCGUCCAGUUCAGCGAGUCCUUUAUGCAGAUCGCCGCGCAUAGCCUGACCCGGCACAUCCUGAUGCCUGGAGAGUAUGUCUUUCGUGAAGGUCAGCGGCACCCCGAUGGCAUUCGGCUUCCUACGAUGCGGGCGCCUCGCGCUGGAGGUCCAGGGCGUUGUGGUCCGUCAUGUCAACCAGGGGCAGGUGAUCGGGGAGGAACUCUUCCUCGAUGUCUGCCAGAAGUGGGCCACGACGGCACGCUGCGUGGCCCCGUGCGAGGUGCAGACCCUCAGCCGGCGACUGUUCCUGUCCCGGGUCGAACCGUGCUCCCCUCCGCUUUUUCCGCUGGCGCAGUGUUGUGCAUGCCGGCUUCCAUCCAAUUCCGCGGAUGGGCCCAGAGAGGCCCGCAGCCGCGCCCUGCCAGGAGCUGCAAGUCUAGUUAGUCUGUUGCCCUUGAUCCGGGUGCCAUGUUGUGGCCUGCACUGUGGACAGACAACUUCGGGGUCGAUCGUAGGGCGCGACGCUGACCUAUCCGACUUCCUCUCGCCAACUGCACGGUGUAUUCUGCUAGCCGCCCAGCAUGAUAAACGGUGUGUUCCGCUAGCCGUGUGAUUACGGUGUGUCGU